GUGAAGCUUCUUUCUGAUGGACUGAAGAGUCCAAACUCUAAACUGGAGAUACUGAGGUUGUCUGGCUGUAUGGUGACAGAGGAGGGAUGUUGUUAUAUAUCUUCAGCUCUGACUUCACACCCCUCAUGCUUGAGAGAGCUGGAUCUAAGCUAUAAUCACCUGGGAGAUUCAGGAGUCAAGCUGCUCUCUGAAAAACUGGAAAAAUUCAAUGUGAAUCAUGGAGGAGAAUCCAGGAUUACAGCAGGACUAAAGAAAUAUGCCUGUUUUCUCACACUGGAUCCAAACACAGCACACACUAAACUCAGUCUGUCUGAGGAGAACAGAAAGGUGACAGAUGUGAUAGAGAAACAGCUGUAUCCUGAUCAUCCAGACAGAUUUGAUGAGUGUCCUCAGGUGUUGUGUAGAGAGAGUGUGUGUGGACGCUGUUACUGGGAGAUUGAAUGGAGUGGAGAUUAUGGUGUGUUUAUAUCAGUGUCAUAUAACAGCAUCAGCAGGAAGGGAGAUGAGGAGUGUGUGUUUGGAUGUAAUGAUCAGUCCUGGAGUUUGAUCUGCACUCCUGACAGUUACUCAUUCAAACACAAUAACAUAGAGACUGAUCUCCUUGUAGAGCCCACCAGCAGGAGAAUAGGAGUGUUUGUGGAUCACAGUGCAGGAACUCUGUCCUUCUACAGCGUCUCUCACACAGUGAGCCUCAUCCACACAGUCCAGACCACAUUCACUCAGCCGCUAUAUCCUGGGUUUGGU